AUGAAGCCAGAAAUUGAACAAGAAUUAUCGCACACUUUGUUGACUGAGUUGUUAGCAUAUCAAUUUGCUUCACCAGUUAGAUGGAUCGAAACUCAAGAUGUCUUCUUAAAACAACACAACACUGAAAGAGUUAUUGAAAUUGGGCCAUCUCCUACUUUGGCCGGAAUGGCUUCAAGAACUAUCAAGGCUAAGUAUCAAUCAUAUGAUGCAGCAUUAUCGUUGCAGCGUCAAGUUUUGUGCUACUCCAAAGAUGCUAAGGAAAUCUACUAUACUCCUGAUCCAAUUGAGCCACCAGCCACUGAAGAGCCAAAAGCCGAAUCCGCAAAAGAACCAGCGCCUGCAGUUGCACUGGCCGCUACAUCUAGUGUACCACCUCCACCAGCACCUUCUGCUGGUCCAGUUGAAUCAAUCCCUGAUGAACCGGUUAAAGCUUCCUUGUUGAUACACGUUUUGGUGGCACAGAAAUUGAAGAAACCUUUGGAUGCCGUUCCUAUGUCAAAAGCAAUCAAGGAUUUGGUGAAUGGUAAAUCUACUGUUCAAAAUGAAAUUUUGGGAGAUUUGGGUAAAGAAUUUGGCUCUACUCCAGAGAAACCAGAAGAAACCCCAUUGGAGGAACUAGCAGAACAGUUCCAAGAUACCUUCUCCGGAUCAUUGGGAAAGACAUCUACUUCAUUGAUUGGUAGAUUAAUGUCAUCAAAGAUGCCUGGUGGAUUUUCCAUCACCACUGCAAGGAAAUAUUUAGAGUCAAGAUUUGGUUUGGGACCAGGUAGGCAAGAUUCAGUCUUGUUAACCGCUUUAUGUAACGAACCAGCUAGUAGAUUGGGAUCUGAAGCUGAUGCCAAGUCCUUCUUGGAUUCAAUGGCUCAAAAAUACGCAUCCCAUGCAGGAAUUUCAUUGUCAUCGCCUUCCGCAGGAGGUGCAAGUUCUGGUGCAGGAGCAGCGGUUGUUGAUAGCGCCGCUUUGGAUGCAUUAACUGCUGAAAAUAAGAAGUUGGCUAGACAACAAUUAGAAACCUUGGCUAGGUACCUCCAAGUUGAUUUGAGCAAAGGUGAAAAGGCUUUCAUCAAGGAAAAGGAGGCUACUUCAGUAUUGCAACAAGAAUUGGAUUUGUGGGAGGCUGAACAUGGCGAGUUUUACGCAAAGGGUAUCAAGCCUGUAUUUUCACCAUUGAAAUCAAGAACUUAUGAUUCAUACUGGAACUGGGCUAGACAAGAUGUGUUGUCGAUGUGGUUUGACAUCAUAUUUGGAAAAUUAACCUCUGUCGACAGAGAAACCAUCAACCAGUGUAUACAGAUUAUGAAUAGAGCUAACCCAACUUUGAUCAAAUUUAUGCAAUACCACGUUGAUCUUUGUCCUACUUAUAGAGGAGAAACUUACAAAUUAGGAAAGAGAUUGGGUGAACAAUUGAUUGAAAACUGUAAGCAAGUUUUGGGCCAAAAUCCAGUUUUCAAAGAUGUUAGUAGAAUUACUGGGCCAAAGACUACAGUCAGUGCUAAAGGUGACAUUGUUUAUGAGGAAGCAAACAAGGAUUCUGUUAGAAAAUUCGAGCAAUAUGUUUUUGAAAUGGCACAAGGGGGUUCUAUGACGAAGAUGAAACAAUCUACUAUCCAAGAAGAUUUGGCUAGAGUUUAUAAGGCAAUUUCGAAGCAAGCUUCUAGAGAUAGCAAAUUGGAAUUACAAAAAGUGUAUGACCAAUUGUUGAAGGUUGUUGCUGGUUCUACUGAGAUUGAAACAGAACAAACUACCCAAGAUGCUUUGGCAAUUCCAACUGGCUCCAACACUCCUACGGAGGAGGACGAGUUAUCAACUGCCUCUGAUGACGAUGAGAUUGCAUCUUUGCCUGAUAAGACGUCCAUAAUACAGCCUGUAUCCUCAACCAUUCCAAACAAGACAAUCCCAUUCUUGCAUAUUCAGAGUAAAUCAGAGAGUGGAAACUGGGAAUAUGAUCGUAAAUUGUCUUCCAUCUACUUGGACGGUUUGGAAUCUGCCGCUAUUAAUGGUUUGACUUUCAAGAACAAGUAUGUAUUGGUCACAGGAGCUGGUGCUGGAUCCAUUGGUGCCGAAAUCUUACAAGGAUUGAUCAGUGGUGGUGCUAAAGUAAUUGUAACCACAUCUCGUUACUCAAAGAAGGUUACAGAGUAUUACCAAAACAUGUAUGCUCGUUACGGUGCUGCUGGAUCUACCUUGAUUGUAGUUCCAUUCAAUCAAGGUUCUAAGCAAGAUGUUGACUCCUUGGUUGAUUACAUCUAUAACGACUCCAAGAAAGGUGGUUUGGGUUGGGAUUUGGACGUCAUUAUUCCAUUUGCCGCUAUCCCAGAAAACGGUAAUGGUAUCGACAACAUCGACUCGAAAUCAGAGUUUGCUCACAGAAUCAUGUUGACAAAUCUUUUGAGAUUGUUGGGUGCAGUCAAAUCCAGAAAGACAACCGAUACCAGACCAGCUCAAUGUAUCUUGCCAUUAUCACCAAAUCACGGUACUUUUGGAUUUGAUGGAUUGUACUCUGAAUCAAAGAUUUCUUUGGAGACUUUGUUCAACAGAUGGUACUCUGAAGAUUGGGGAACAAAAUUGACCAUUUGUGGUGCUAUCAUUGGUUGGACAAGAGGUACUGGUUUAAUGAGUGCAAACAACAUUAUUGCUGAGGGUAUUGAAAAGUUGGGAGUUAGAACUUUUUCACAAAAAGAAAUGGCAUUCAACAUUUUGGGUUUGUUAACACCAGAGAUUGUUAACUUGUGUCAAGAGGAGCCGGUUAUGGCCGAUUUGAAUGGUGGUUUGCAAUUUAUUGACAACCUUAAGGAAUUCACUUCUAAAUUAAGAAAUGAUUUGACUGAAACUGCAGACAUUAGAAGAGCCGUUUCGAUUGAGUCAGCUAUCGAACAAAAGGUCAUCAAUGGUGAAAAUGUUGAUUCAAACUACAACAAGGUCACUGUUCAACCAAGAGCAAACAUGAAGUUUGAUUUCCCAACUUUGAAAUCUUAUGACGAAAUCAAGCAAAUUGCACCAGACUUGGAGGGUAUGUUGGACUUGGAAAAUGUUGUGGUGGUUACAGGAUUUGCUGAAGUUGGACCAUGGGGUAACGCAAGAACCAGAUGGGAGAUGGAAUCUAAAGGUGAAUUCUCACUUGAAGGUGCCAUUGAGAUGGCUUGGAUCAUGGGUAUGAUCAAGUACCACAAUGGCAAUUUGAAAGGAAAGCCUUACUCUGGUUGGAUUGACGCAAAGACCCAAACACCAAUUGACGAUAAGGAUAUCAAGGCCAAGUACGAAGAAGAAAUUUUGGAACAUUCUGGUAUAAGAUUAAUUGAACCAGAGUUAUUUAACGGCUAUGAUCCAAAGAAGAAGCAAAUGAUUCAAGAAGUUGUUAUUCAACACGAUUUGGAAGCAUUUGAAUGCUCUAAGGAGACAGCUGAGCAAUACAAACAUGAACAUGGUGAAAAAUGUGAAAUUUCAGAAAUUGAGGAAAGCGGUGAGUAUAGUGUUAGAAUCUUGAAAGGUGCUACGUUGUUUAUUCCAAAGGCCUUGAGGUUCGACAGGUUGGUUGCAGGUCAAAUUCCUACUGGUUGGGAUGCCCGUACCUACGGUAUUCCAGAGGAUACAAUCAACCAAGUUGACCCAAUCACUUUGUAUGUUUUGGUUGCUACAGUCGAAGCAUUGUUAUCAGCUGGUAUCACUGAUCCAUACGAAUUCUACAAGUAUGUUCACGUUUCUGAAGUUGGUAAUUGUUCAGGUUCAGGUAUGGGUGGUGUCAGUGCAUUGAGAGGUAUGUUUAAAGACAGAUAUGCUGACAAACCAGUCCAAAACGAUAUUUUGCAGGAGUCUUUUAUCAAUACGAUGUCUGCAUGGGUUAAUAUGUUGUUAUUGUCUGCUUCAGGUCCUAUCAAGACACCGGUUGGUGCUUGUGCUACUGCCGUUGAAUCAGUUGACAUUGGUAUUGAAACAAUUUUGUCAGGUAAGGCUAAGGUUGUCAUGGUUGGUGGUUAUGACGAUUUUCAAGAAGAAGGCUCUUACGAAUUCGCCAACAUGAAUGCCACUUCCAAUGCCAUUAAUGAAUUCAAGCACGGCAGAACACCAAAGGAAAUGUCUAGACCAACCACAACAACAAGAAAUGGUUUCAUGGAAGCUCAAGGUUCAGGUAUUCAAGUUAUUAUGUCAGCAGAUUUGGCAGUUAAAAUGGGUGUUCCUAUUCACGCUGUUUUGGCCAUGUCAGCAACGGCAACCGACAAGAUUGGAAGAUCAGUUCCUGCCCCAGGAAAGGGUAUCUUAACCACUGCAAGAGAACAUCAUGGAAACUUGAAAUACCCAAGUCCAUUGUUGAACAUCAAAUAUAGAAAGAGACAAUUGUCCAAGAGAUUGGACCAAGUCAAGUCUUGGGAAUCUUCUGAACUCAACUACUUACAAGAAGAAGCCGAAUUGGCAAAGGAGGAAUUUGGUGAGGAAUUUUCGGAAGCUGAAUUUUUGAGAGAAAGGGCAGAGGAGAUUUACAGAGAGUCCAAGAGGCAAGUGGCUGAUGCUAAGAAACAAUGGGGUAACUCUUUCUACAAGUCUGACCCUAGAAUUGCUCCAUUGAGAGGGGCUUUGGCUACAUUUAAUUUGACGAUUGAUGAUAUCGGAGUAGCUUCCUUCCAUGGUACUUCCACUGUUGCAAAUGACAAGAAUGAAUCAGCAACCAUUGACAAUAUGAUGAAACAUUUGGGUAGAUCAGAAGGAAACCCAGUGUUUGGUGUAUUCCAAAAGUACUUAACCGGUCAUCCAAAAGGUGCUGCCGGUGCUUGGAUGUUGAAUGGUGCUAUCCAAAUCUUAGAGUCUGGUAUCGUUCCAGGUAAUAGAAAUGCUGAUAACGUUGACAAAGUCUUGGAACAAUACGAGUAUGUUUUGUAUCCAUCUAGAUCUAUUCAAACAGAUGGUAUUAGGGCAGUCUCAGUUACAUCCUUCGGUUUCGGUCAAAAAGGUGCUCAAGCUGUUGUUGUCCAUCCAGAUUACUUGUAUGCGGUAUUGGACAGGUCAACUUAUGAAGACUACGCUAAGAGAGUUACAGCUAGAAACAAAAAGACCUAUCGUUACAUGCAUAAUGCUAUUACCAGGAAUACGAUGUUUGUUGCCAAAGACAAGGCUCCUUACACUGAUGAGUUGACCACGGAUGUGUACUUGGAUCCAUUGGCUAGAGUUUCAAAGACAAAAAAUGAGUUUGCUUUUUCGAAGAAGUCUCUCCAAUCAGAUAAAUCAUAUGUGAGUGACAUUUCAAAUGCCACCGCGAAGGCUUUAUCAUCUUUGAACAAAUCAUCCAAGGGAGUUGGUGUGGACGUCGAGUUGUUGUCCGAGUUGAACAUUGAAAAUGAAACCUUUUUGGAAAGGAACUUCACUCCCGAGGAGAUCAAGUAUUGUCAAAGUACCUCCAACCCACAAGCCUCAUUUACUGGAACUUGGUCGGCAAAGGAGGCCACAUUCAAAGCCUUGGGUGUGAAAUCUCAAGGCGGUGGCGCAAGUUUGAAGGAAAUUGAAGUUGUUAGGGAUAGCAAUGGAGCACCAAAAGUUAUUUUUAAUGGAGAUGCGAAGACAGCUGCAAAAGCUGCAGGAGUCAAGAAUGUCCAUGUUUCCAUUUCCCACGACGACUUCCAAGCCACUGCCGUUGCUCUCAGUGAAUUUUAA